UUUCAGAGAACAACCAAUGGCUUUGACACCCCCAAUUUGCCUUCAGUACCUAAAGAGGUGUUGCACUAACGAUGUGACUUCAGAAGAUGUGGAGAAAGGCAUUUAUGCGAUCAAAGCAGAUUCUCUUAUUUUAACUGACAUAAAAGCCAUACCAAUAUUACUGAAUUUAGCAUCAACUUUUACAUCAAUUAAAAACACCAAUUCAACUGUGCCUGUUCAUCCUCAUGUUCAAGUUUAUAUUAUUCCAUCAUCAUACAAAGUUGGUUGUUUUCCAAAAGCAAAUAGUUGUAAUGACAGUAAAAGCAUUGAAAGAUUGGAAUUUCUGAAAUGGUGUCAUCUGAAUCUCAAAGGAUUGACUGUAUUCAAUCCUCCAAUGAAACACUGCCAAGCAGCCUAUUUGCAAGCUCUUGCUGCAAGUUUAUCAAGUCAGAGUGUUAUUGUCAGUUCAGAGACUUUCACUUCUGGGUUCAACGGACUAGGUGUUCUGACUCUUACUGAAAUAAUACCAAACUGUGAAAGUUUGAUCAUGGGAAAACCUCUUCAAUUCAAGAGAACUAAGAUUGUUGGUAUUGAGGUUAGGGGUUGUUUACCUCAAUUUGCUGUAUCUACUGAUUUGGUUUUACAGUUUAUCAGAUUUGUUAGAGCACUGUCAGACUGUAUAGUUGAAGUUUGGGGUGAAAGUUUGAAACACAUUUCUUUAUCAGACCGCAUUGCCAUAUCAAACAUGGUCAAAGAGACAAACGUCAGUUGCAUAUUUUUUCCCUGUGAUGAUGUUUGCUCAAUGUUUUUAAAAUCAGCGUCUGAUCUUUUAUUUACAAACCGAAAGGUUAAAGUUUCUAAAGCACCUGUCGAUGCUUCAAUCCCUCGUAAUUAUGAUGAACACUGUGUUUUCAAUCUAGAUGAAGUGGAAACCUCAAUAUCAGGACCAAAGAGAGCAUCUGACAGAAUACUACUAGGAAACUUUCAGACUGCAUUCAAGAAAUCAAUUUAUAAUAAGUUCUCUCCAACAUCAUUUGGUGUGAAGAGCAAAAGUGAAGAUGGAGAAAUUGCAAGGCUUCAUGGUUCAGUAAUUGGAAUGUCACUCGCAGGGUGCACCAACUCAAGCAAUGCUUUUGUUACUUUACAAGCUGGCCUUUUAGCAAAAGCACUGCUUGAUAAUGGUUUUAAACUUCCUGUCUCUAUUCAAGGUUACUAUGCAACUGGAGCAGGCCUGGCAGAUCUAUAUCUCAAUGAAGCUGGUCUCUCAGACAUAAUCGUGAAGUUUGGUCUUGAAAAGAGCACCUCAUGUUGUGUAGAUCCUAACAGUAAAGACAAAACCAGUAACAAUUACUCUAAAGAUGUGAUAACGUGUGCCUUGUUAUCCGGGAACGGGAACUAUGAGAACAGGAAGUUCCCUGGAGCUCGUGCUAAUUACCUAAUGUCCUCUCCAUUAGCUAUUUUACUUGCUGCUGCUGGCAACGUUGAUGUUGAUCUCUCUCAAAAUCAUAUCACUCUACUGAAUGGGGAAACUUUGAAAAUCAGUGAUAUUUGGCCGAGUAGGUCUGAUUUGAUUCAUCUUGAAUGCAAAACAGUUCUUCCUAAAGUGUGUGCAACUGUCUACAAAGAUCUAUCAACGUUUAAUUGUCAGUUUGAAGAAAUUUCAGUUCCAAAUAACCUGCCUUUUCCUUGGAAUCCUUUAUCCUUGUACAUACUCCAACCUCCUUAUCUAGAAUUGCAAACAGUUUUGGGUGAUGUAGAGAAAGCACGAGUAUUGUUAUCGCUGGGUGAUGACGUCUCCUCAGAGCUGGUCUCUCCCUCAGGAAGCAUGAGCAGGAACUCCACUGCUGCUCAGUACCUUAGCAGUAAAGGUCUAGCACCAAAACAGUACGAUUCCUAUGGUAACAGGCGUGGUAACCACAAUAUUGUUGCUAUGGGCAUCUUCAAUAACAACAAGCUUAAAAAUAACCUGGUAUCGAUACCAGGACCAUUUACUGAGCACAUACCGUCGAAUAGUAUUGUUGAUAUCUACGAGGCUGCAAGAAUGUACAAGAAAUCUGGGACACCAUCGGUUAUUGUUGCAGGUGCUAACUACGGUUGUGGUCCAACACGUGACAGCGGUGCACGUGGUCUGCGCCUACUCGGUGUCUCUGCUGUCAUCGCGCGCUCCUUCGACUCCAACCACCGCUCAGAACUCAUUAACCAGGGAGUAAUGCCUGUCCUGUGUGAAGAUGCAGACUGUAUUGAUGUGUGUAGUGAGGUGACUCUAUCGUGGUGUGAUGUCGAGAGUGUGGAAUGUGAGGGGUGGAUGAGCUGGGGGGAUUGUGUCAGUAACUCAGCUAGUAACUCAGUUUGUAACUCAGCUAGUAACACGGCUAGUAAUUCGAAUAGUAACUUAGUGAGUAACUCGAAUAGUAACUUAGUGAGUAACUCGAAUAGUAACUCUGGAAGUGGCACUCAGCCGCUGCCAAAAGUUAACCAAAACUCAACCACAACCUCUCUAUGUUGUAACGGAAGUGUCAGGAUCCGUCUAGCAAUUUACACUGAAGAGGAACUAGAGUUGUUACGGUGUGGAGGCUUACUACACUGGAGAGUAAAGGACUUGCAACAAAAGAAACAGAAAUCCCUUGAAAAACAUCUAAACCAACGAAAAGCAAACUCUCAAAUCAACCACCCAAUGCCCCCAGGUUUAGUUCCACCAAUACCACCAAUGCCUCUACCACCUGGUAUGCCUGGUAUGCCUGGUAUGCCUGGUAUGCCUGGUAUGCAUGGUAUGCCUCACAUGAUGCCCCCUCCAUAUUACACUCCACCUUAUCCUGACAUGGUGCAAUUUGUACCUGUUGUGCAGUAUGUUCCUGUACCGUACAACCGUAGUCAACAGCCAAUCAAUUACGUGCCUCCUCCUGAUUUGUAUAAUAAUGGCUAAUUAAUUUAUUAACACGUCCUGAUAAUUAAUUUAUUAAUUAAUUUAUUAUUGUUCUUUUAUCGUGAUCUUUAGCUGGAUUUCAGAGCUAGUUUCUUGCAGAGUUUUGAACUAGAGUGUAUUUGAUAUAGUUAUAUUUCAUAGGCUUGUUUCUAAAAAUAGGAUUAGGGAUCACAUAUUACGAAUGCCAGCCUAGAGGAGAAGUGGUUCGAAAAGAAACCUUGCCCAAGUGUAAUUUCUGCACAAUAGCUUAAAUUUGUUCUCUAAGAUCUGGCUAACGUACCAUGUAGACGAUCCCUAAGCUUUCCUUGGUUUUUAGCAGUGUCUAAAACUAAGAUCAAAAAUUUCCUGUGGUAAAACUCCUACGAUAAAAUAUUUCUAAAUAUCUGAUUGAUUUGUUUUAUCUUGCAGUACCUGUUGAUGUUUGUGAUGUUGGAGAUUUUAAACACAGGCAAGUGUUGAUUGGCGAAGUUUAGUUUAAUUUAUUAAAACUUUUUGAUUUUAUAUAAUUUUGUAUUUAGAAGACUGUUGUUUAAAGAGAUUAAGUGUAUUUUAUGGUGUACAGAGAUAAGAGAUAAACCUUCACAGAUCCAAUCUGCUUUUCUUCGUUGUGUACGGGCCCAUUUUUAUCGAUGUAAUAAUUUCCGAUCAAGUCAUGGAGUUACGAAAAAAUAUUAUUUCAAAUGGACAAAAUAAAUACACAUUAACCAAGAAAUACACAUUAACAAAAUAAAUACACAUUAACAAAAUAAAUACACAUUAACAAAAUAAAUACACAUUAACAAAAUAAAUACACAUUAACAAAAUAAAUACACAUUAACAAAAUAAAUACACAUUAACAAAAUAAAUAAACAUUAACAAAACAAAUACACAUUAACAAAAUAAAUACACAU